AUGCUACCGUUCAAAUCCUCAGCUGAAAUGGUCAUUUGCCAUCUUGUGUACUAUCCCAAACUAGGCAAAAGGGAUUACAGUAUAAGGUUUGUAGAAGAACAAGACGGAUUGUACAGAGCUGCUGAUCCUCCCGCCCAUCGAGGGGAUCAUUGUCAGCAACUGUUCAUAUUAGCUUGCAAUAAUAUGUUUCUUCAUUUAUCAAUCGCCGCACUGCUACUGAUACCUGCAACAGAUGCUUGCAUCGCGUCUGGAAUAUGUGGAGGUCUUGCAGGUUGUUUUCCUCCUAUCCCUUCUGUGAUGCCCCCUUGUGCUGGAGGAAUUGGGUGUGGUCCUGGUUAUGCUUGUGGAGCAUUUGGAUGCUUCCGAAUGAGAGCUCGAACACACGGAGCUGGUACACUUAGAAUGGCUGGAGAGAACCGAGGUCCCAUACUAAUGGGAGCUGAUAGAUUUUCGCAAUUCCGUCGACCUGAGCCUAAGGACCCAAAUGCUAUGUUCAUGGCUUGUUGUGAACAGAGAGGCUUACCAGAUGCAUGUCUUCAGAAGUGCAGUUUUAACACUUACACAAAACAAUCACUUACUCGGAUGUACUUUAAACAAGAUGCAUGUCCUCUAUCCGCUAGCGCGGAAAUACAAUUCUGUGCGGCUCAAGGUCGAGACCAUACAGCCUGUUGCGCCCGGAAUGGUGUUACAACUACCUUAGCAGGAGACAAAUGUUUGACUUUCUGCGAUCAACGACCAGGCAACGUCACUCUUCUUGACUUCUCGUACGUAGCUUGUUAUGACCGUUUUGAAAACAUGAAAGCUUGUUUCUGGCAUGAUGCCGUUGAAAGACUUCAAAAAUAG